AUGGAACCUACCCCAAAUCCUUAUAGUACUACCUCUUAUCCAAAUUUUCAAAAUCCAUACUCGAAUCAACCUUAUGAUACUCAUGAUGAUCCAUAUGCUUACGAAAAGCCUAGGCAAUCACUCCAACAACAACAAAACCCUUCACAAAUACCUCCAGCACAACUUUCGUCCUCCCAAAGUACUUCACACCUCCAAAGUAAUGUCAACCCUCACCAAUCCCUUCAGCAACAAGUCCCUCAAAAUGUCCCACAACAAAUGCAACCGACGCAACAAGCGAACUUGUAUCAAAAACAAUUCGAGACUUACCCUUCUCCUUUUCAAUACCAACAAGGCCCUCCUCAGAUGCCUCCACAACAACAACAAUUGGCAAUCAACCCUCAAAUACCAAUUCAACAGGUCGGAGGACCUUUACAAGGCCUCCCCCCACAACAGAUGGGUCAACAAAUGAGAGGAUACCAACAACCCCCGCUUCCACCACCACAGUUUCCCUGCGUCUAUCAUAUCCCGUCGUACGAUGAAUUUCCGCCUUCGUUUUAUAAGAAAAGCAGUGAGAGAGACGACCGAAGAGGAAGAAGUAGAAGUCGCAGCAGAAGCCGAAGUGAUAGCAGAGAUAGAUACAGGAAAAGAAGCGACUCCAGACACCACUCCAGAAGGAGGAGUAGAAGCAGAAGCGAACACAGACACUACAGAAGAUAA